AUGGAGUCUGACGGCGAGGAGGAGGCGGCGCCGACGCCGGGGACGGCCGCGGCGGCGCCCGCGGCGGGGCGGCUGAAGGGCUGCCCGGAGCUGUCGGUGGAGGGCGACAUGCGGGAGAUGGCCAAGACGGCCGCCUGGAGCGUCAGCUCCUGCAAGCCCGGCAACGGCGUCGCCUCCCUCCGCGACGACAGCCUCGACACCUACUGGCAGUCGGACGGCGCGCAGCCGCACCUGGUCAACAUCCAGUUCCAGAAGAAGGUGCAGCUGCAGCUUGUUGUGCUCUACGUGGAUUUCAAGCUGGACGAGAGCUACACGCCCAGCAAGAUCUCCAUCCGGGCCGGCGACGGCUUCCACAAUCUCAAGGUGGAAAUUAAAACUGUGGACCUUUUGAAGCCAGUAGGAUGGGUUCAUAUAUCAUUAUCUGGCACUGAUCCCCGAGAAACAUUCAUUCAUACAUUUAUGCUCCAAAUUGCGGUUCUGGCCAAUCACCUGAACGGGAGGGACACCCAUGUCCGGCAGAUCAAGAUAUACGGGCCACGACCGAACCCCGUUCCCCACCAGCCUUUCCACUUCACCUCCAGGGAAUGCAUCAUGUACUCGACCAUCAGGUGA